AUGGACGACGACCUCUACCAGAAUGCCUGGAGUGAAACGACUAAUUCGAUACCCCCCGCGUUGAAGGACGACCCCGCGCCGUCAUGGACGUCAACGAAGCUCACUAGUUCCUAUGGCGAGGAGGCAGAUCUCGCCGCUCCUUCUUGGUCAACUGGGGCUGGCAUACACUGGAACGAGCCCAGCAGCCCAGGCUUCUCUUGGUCGCAGACCGAACCCGACCUGGCUUGGGGUACUAGUUCAUAUGCCGGGAUUUCAAUUGGCAAGACACCCGAGGCGGAAUCUAUUGCAGACCCUCUUGACGCGAAGAGUCCCACCGGAGACAUCCCCGAUGCAGAUGAACCCGAAGACGAAGACGCAGGUUCUGUCUCGACGGAUGUUCCUACGUCUGAGCGCGCAAAAUCUCCCUCUCCCUCUCCACCACCUCCCGAAUCUACCUCGUUUGGGUCUCAAGAGACAACACCGGAACUUGCAGCACCUCCAAGUCCGGAUGGCUUCGGUUCCUUUGAAACUGCCUUUACAGAGGACACAGCGCAAUCUCCGGGAUUCGCUUUGGACGAAGCGGUCGCGGACCCAUGGGGUUCUUCCGCCUGGUCUGAGACUCAGCCAGAGCAGGAAGAAGAGCCCGUAGACGAGUGGGAAAGAGCUCGCCAAGAGAAAGCGAAGCAAGAUCGCCGCGUGCCGCCAGAAUUACUGGCGCAAUUUCUCCAGCAAUGCGAGGAACUUGGUCGCGAAUUCUGUCCUGACACUGGAAAGGAAGCAGCGACGGAGUCAUGGAGCGGUAAUUGGCGCAGCGGAAUGGAUGGCGUCCCAGGCCUAAACGCCUUAAUGGACUCGUUUCUGCCACCUCUCACUUUGAAAGCGUCGGUGCGCUUCCCCCAAACGGUGGUAGCGAAGAGGUUGGCUUCCUCCGUAAAGCUGACGAAGAACCUGCCCCUCACGAAGGGGAGCCCCAUGUCUCACUAUCUAGCGGCCAAAGGGUCCACAGCAUGGGAGACAUCGGUGAAAGAGCAGAAGGAGAUCGUCGAGGACGACAUCCCAGUGGGAUGGCGCAUCAUGGAGAAGACCAUGGCUGCAUCGUCCGCAGACGCUGCCAAUCAGAAGAAGCCCACCGGUCGUCUCUUUUCUUUCUGGGGUCGUCGCCAGUCUCAGGCCUCGCCUCAGUCUACGAGCACGGACGGAGCUGCCACAGAGAGCCGCCCAUCUUCUGUGGACAAGCCGCGCAGUCCCGUUGUAGAGGAGGUGAAAGCGGAUUCCCGGCCUCCUAGCCAAAAUAGCAUACGAUCCUCCACGGCAAGCAACCGCGCUCCGGUCUCUCCCCUCGCCGCAGAGUCAGCGUCAGCGAGCUCUUCGCACGUUCCUAUGGCUUUUGCAGCCACCGUAACACCGGCCGCGGCGGGCGCACCCACCAUGUCGUCGUAUGCUUCCUCGCCCGACCCCGUACCGGAACGGUCGGCAUCUCCACCUGCACCCACCGUUAUGUCUCGCUUCCUGAACAGGUUCUCCCGUCGCGGCAGUGGGAUUGGCGGAAGUCCACGCAGCUCUCUCGCACUGUCUUCAGACGAUCUCGAGUUCCUUUCGGAUAUCAUCCCCAGUGCUAGCGACGAUGCCGACGAAGACCCUACUGACGCGCUGGAGAAGUUCGUCAAUGAUAGACGUGGGUCUGUGGCGUCUGCUCUGCCGCCUGCGUUGGCCCCUCCGCCCAGGGCAUCCGCAAUCAAACCAAUGGGUGUGGCAAGUGGACCGCCUUCCGCUGGUAGUGACCGAGGCGUCGCUAGCGACGGCUUCGCCGGAAUGACGGGCUUCUGGGGUGCGAAUGAACCCGCGGUAGCAUCCCGCGCCGCCCCUGCUGGAGGUCAAACGUCAAUUCCUACAUUGCCGCCGCCACUCGUUCCGUCACGGCCAAUCACGCCGUCGGCUACGCCUGGUGCGGGUCCCUCGAGGGUUUCUAUUCCUGUCGUGCCCACGUCGUUUGUGCCUUCUUCCCGCCCUCCAUCUCGACUGCAAACGUCAACGCCUCCGCUGUCGGGCUUCGCCUUGCCUCCACCGCCUUCGUUCCAACGCUCUGCUUCCUCGAAUACGUCCACAAUGACGAACAAGCCGAAGCUAUCUUCUCCAUUCCCUUUGCCUAUACCGCCACCGUCGCACACCGUCGAACGGGAACCGUCGUCUGCAUCGACUUCCUCGUCUCGAGCCUCAUUCGAGACAGCCGCGGAGGCAUCACCAUCCCCCACAUCCCCUACCUCCUCUCUGCCCUUAGGGUCUCUGUACCCUCAUUUAGUAACGCCAACCAGCCCACCUCUAGCGUCGUCGCAGCCGAUGUUGCCUGCUCAGUCCUCAUCGAGUGGUUCAUCGUCCCCAUAUGGUCUGGCCACCCCUAUGGCGAGCACGUUCUCCGCUGCGGCGCCACCACCGAACCCUUCUACUGUGACCUUAGUUCCACCACAGCAGAGCCGUCCUAUGGCACCGCCGUCGGCCGUACCAUUGACCACAAACUUCUUUGACGACGACGAUUUCGCCGACUUCCAGUCGCCGGUUGAUAAGAGCCUGUCGCCUCCUGUACCUCCGCCUAUAGCUAAGUCACCUCAGACGCGCGUUCCCGCAAUGUCCCUCGCCGGCAAGUCCAAGACAGUCGCACCCAAUUCGUCCCCAUUCUCCUUCCCUGGGCCCCCACCCCCGCAGGCAUCUCCCUCGUCUGCGACUGCGCUCAAGCCGGCUUCCCUCGCGUCGUCCACCUCCUCCCUCUUCCCCACGAGCGUGUCCAACCAGGCGCUGCUCACACCGAAGCAUAACUCCGGCUUCGACGACAUGGGUGACUUCUUCGCGUCCACUCUCCGAACGCCCUCGCCGCCCCGCGUACCGUCGAAGUCCCCAGCUGCCAAACCCCAGAUCGCCCCACUCCCGCCCUCCGCGUCGUCCGUGUCCUCGAUGCCGUCCGCAUCGUCGAGCUCAUCUCUGCUCUCACGGAGAAAGCCAAACGCUGCGCAGCAUCUCCACACCCUCAGCUUGGUCGAGGCUGCUGCGGCGCGCAAAGGACAGUGGCCCGCGCCCGCGUCCCCACUGCCGCAAGCCAUUCCCGGGCCGUUCGUAGGCUCCGCGAAGGCGUCACAGAUGAACCUCAUGGACGCCGACGAGACGCCCCUACCCGUUGCCGGACUCGGGAUCACGUCUUCGUUUUCGUCGCCGGCGAUGCUCAAUCCCACGCGGCCAUCGAGUGGCAUGGGUGUUGCGAACGGCACGGGUUUGCCGACCUCCGUAUCAUCGAACUCGUCGCUGUCGGGCGCGCUGCUGCAGGGAUGGGACUUCCAGGGCAGCGGCGCCUCGCAACCCGCGCCCGAUAUUUUCGGCGGGGCGGCGAAGCCUGCGAAUGGGAAACCAGCAGCGGGUGGGUUAUCCGCCCAGGAUCUGUCGUUCUUCGAGGGGCUAUAG